AUGGGAGGCUUCGGUGACAGAGGUGAAGCUGAGUAUAUACGCACGCAAUACGACAAAAUUGUCGAUAAUCGAUCCGAUCAUCCUGGUAACUAUUGUUUCGACAAAUUAAUUGCCGGUAAAUGUAUGGGAGAAGUGGUGCGACUUGUACUCGAGAAACUCUGCACGCUUAAAGUGCUCUUCAAUGGGGAUGGCUCGGAUCUCCUGCACACUGUCGGUUCGUUUCCCACGAAAUACAUCUCCGAAAUUUUACGAGAUGACUGGGGGACGUACUCGAAUACGAAACAAAUCAUUGAAGAAUUGGGCAUCGAGGAUUACAGCUUUUCCGACCUUUUGGUUUUUCGUGAAGUUUGUUUGGUCGUCUCGCGACGAAGUGCAAAUCUAGUUGCAGCAGCGAUCGCUUGCGUGUUGAAUCGAAUACGUCGACCAAAAAUGGUAGUUGCCAUCGAUGGCAGUACUUACAAAUACCACCCAUUUCGACUGUGGAUCGCAGAAAAGUAA